GGUUGAAUCAUUGUUUUGUUUUUAAAUAAAUACCUUGUCUUCUUCUUCUUCUUCUUCUUCUUCUUCUUAUUCUUCUUCUGUUAUUGUGACCAUUGUCGUUAUACCGUCAAAUCGUAUGCAAAAUGAUGAUGCUAUGUAUAUUCAUGGUUAACAUGAUUAUGUUAGAAACCAACGUUAAUGCAGAUGUAGUAGCUGAUGGCCAAAUGUGGACUCACAAAGAUAUUGUUUCAGUGUCCGGUAUGAACGGAGUAAAAGACGGCCGGAACGUGAUCUCGCCGCGAAUGGAUUUCGACGAGUGGACGCCGUUGGGCCGGGGCGAUCCGCUAAAGAACGAUCCGACGUUUGACUACCUGCCGCCGGUGCUGGACAAAGUGCACUACUGGAAACCUCCACCAUCGCCGCCGGCGUCCGCCAACCGCGGCCAUCUGUCGUCAACCAUUCCGUCGCCGCCGAUGACCGUCAACUACAAUCGCCGGUUCUUCCUGACGGACUUUUCGAAAAGAGAACCGACCGCCGCCGCGUACGUGCAGUACGUGCACAAGAGGCCGCAGAUGGCGACGGGCUACUAUCAUUACCCGAUGCCCAAGCCGCCACUACCGAUGCUCACGCCGCCACCGUACCAGAGGCCCACAUCGGUUGCGGCCACCACCACCGUCGAACCAAUGGACAUGACGCCGUCGCUGGAUGCCGGUGACUCAGCGGCCGAGAGCAAACAGCCGCCCGCGGUCCGCGCGCCGCCGCCGAUGUCCAGCGUGCGGCCCGUGUUGUCGCAUUCCGUCAUCAAGGUACUGCUGGAAAACGAAGUGGACCGGACCACGGUGACAACCGGCCGCCCCGCGACCACUAGCAGCACCACGACGACCAGCACCACUACGACGCAGGCGCCGCCGACCACGGAUCCGCUGUUCUCUCACUACAAGCAAUCGGCUGUGGUCGCCGGCAGGCCGAUGUAUCUCAUUAUACAGGGUCACUCCAAGGUCAAGACGUACGGGUUGGUCAGCAAGUCGGCGGAUCUGUCCGCGGCGCAACCGGCCGCUACGCACGAGCACAACCACAUCGGUAGCCAGCCGGACGACGAGCCCAGCAGGAGGAAACGUAACGGUCCUUCGCAAUAAACGUAACAUUUGUACCACUGCUGCUGCACCAGUGUGUGGUAGUAGGUCCUACGAGACCGGUAUGUGUACAGUGUUCUCCCCAUCAUAUCGUCUUUUAUACGUCUUACACGUUAUACUCAUCAUUCUUCCGUCGUCACGAUUUUUAUCCGUGAAUCCACAGUAGACAUCGGAUUCGAAAAAUUAUUCUUAAAACUAGGUUUCUUUUGUAAGUAAAUACUGUAAAUGUUCGUAUAAAUUAUAUAAAUUAAUAAAUAAAUAAAUUAAUAAUAAAAUAUAAAUUUAUACUUCGGUC